AUGGUUCUGACUUCACGACCACUAACAAUAAAAAAAAAAAAGUUUCUUAAAUCGCCCAACGGUGGUGAUCGAUUUCGCCGGGAACCAGAGAAGAAAACCCUAGAUCCUAGAUAUGGCGGAGAAGCUUGCGCCUGAGAAGCGACACGAUUUCAUUCACAACGGGCAAAAGGUGUUUGAGUGGGAUCAAACCUUAGAAGAAGUGAACAUGUACAUAACUUUGCCACCAAAUGUUCAUCCAAAGGCUUUCCACUGCAAAAUCCAAUCCAAACAUAUCGAAGUUGGCAUCAAAGGCAACCCUCCUUAUCUCAAUCACGAUCUUAGUUCCCCCGUGAAGACUGAUUGCUCGUUCUGGACUCUAGAGGAUGAUAUAAUGCACAUUACCUUGCAGAAGAGGGAGAAAGGGCAGACAUGGGCAUCUCCCAUUUUGGGACAGGGUCAGUUGGAUCCUUAUGCCACUGAUAUUGAGCAGAAGCGGCUCAUGCUUCAGAGGUUUCAAGAAGAGAACCCGGGAUUCGACUUUUCGCAAGCUCAGUUCACGGGUAAUUGCCCAGAUCCAAGGAGCUUCAUGGGGGGUAUUCGUUCUGACUAAAGAUAGUCCCACUCUUGUUUCUAUUGUAUCCAAUUAUCUUUUUAUAAACUCUAAAGCCACCUUUGGAAAAAAAAAAAAAACUCUAAAGCCACCUUUGACUUAACAAAAUGUCUCAUGGCUCAUAAAUAGCCAGCCUGACUCGCUCCUGUAUCACUUGUAUUAGCAAUCAUAUAAAUCGUUCUUCGUCUCUUGUUCA